CAUCAGCCAAACGGCAGUCAAUCGUUCUAUACCCCGUAUCAAGGUCGUCAGUUCGUGUUCUCCGGCCUCGCUCGUAGUAGCGCUUCCAUAUCAAAAUGGCCAAAUUCUCCGUCUCACCAGCGACCCUGUCGCCCAUCAGAACAACGCUCUCAACAUCAUCAUAUUCACCAAGCCGCUUCUCCCUCGGCCAAGUCCGUCAUGCAACCUUUAUUCCCCGACCUCGCCGACCCUACACAUUCACUCAGCUAGUCACACUGUCAGACGGCUCCUCAUACACCAUGCGAACCACAUCACCACUACCCAUCUACCGCGCCGCCAAGGACACACGCAACACACUACUGUGGCAGCCAUCCGAGAAGUCACUCAAGAAUGUCGAGCUCGAUGAGGCCGGUAGAUUGGCCGCUUUCCGAGAGCGCUACGGCCGUGCCUACGAUGCUUCUAGCGCUGAGGAGGGUGGAGAGACUGCUGAGGCUGCCGAGGAUGCGGAUGGAAGUUACGCGGAUCUUAUCACUGGAUAUGCGCCUGCACAAGAUGCCAACACUAUGAAAGAUUCAGGUCCUAAGAAGCAGGCCAAGAAGAGAAAGUAGACCAAAUGAUAUGGAAUUGAACAGAGGAGGCGACCACCGCAACACUAUUCUCCAC